AUCGAAGAGUCAGUAGGUUCGCGAGCGCCGCUAGGAGGAGCUGCUCCCGCGUCUCAGUCCUUGCUCCGGCCCGCAUUCCCGUCCCCGCACGGAGCGCGGCGGAGCCCAGAUGGUGGACCGGCGCUGUGUUCGGCUGCGCCUUCCUCCCGGCGCGCAGGCCCCGGCGGCCCCGGCGAUCGGCCCGGACUUCGAGCCGCCGCCCCGGCCGGACCUGCGCUCGUCCAGCUCUGCCGCCUCCAGCCUUGCACCGUCGUACCUGCUGCGGAGCGUCCAGAGCGGGCCCCGCUUCAGGGGUGAAGGCGACAGCGACGGCUCUGCGGGCCGGAAGAAGGAAGCCGUCUAUGGCACACAACAUCGGGCGCUCGUCAGCCACUUAAAUGGGACUAGCCCGGCUGCCGAUCUCAAAGUCUCGAGCGCCAGGUUCCCCUGCGUCUCCCUCAGUGGAUCCCCCGUCUCCCUUGGGAGCCGGGAAAGUCACCUGAGUGGAGGCCAGGAUUCCCCUUCAGAGGCAUCUCCUUGGACGCCAGGGACUGAGGAAGGCCGUGGGCACCUGCGAGAGUCUAGGCUGAGGAUGCGCUUCAGCGGCUUCCCAAAGGCCCGCGUGUCUGGAAUCAGAGCCCGAGAGCCCGACUGGGUAUCCAUGAGGAGUGUCUCUCUUUCUGUCUGCCUGACUUCCAGCCUGCUUCUCCGGGCCGCCCCAGCCUCUGGGUGAGGCAAGGGUGCUCUUUACUUCCUUUACUCGCUCGAUGUGUGCCUCUGACUUCGUCAGUGCCACGGACCCCGAUGCUCAGCACCGCAAGGUAGGAGAUCCAUGCUUCACUCUUAUUCCUGACGAAAUGCUGUACUUUUUAUCUCAUAAACAUGUGUCUGGUUCGUUGAAGAAUGCUGUUGGUAUUUUGAUGGGGAUUGCAUCGAAUCUGUAGAUUGCUUUAGGCAGGAUGGCCAUUUUGAUAAUAUUAAUUCCUUUUAGCCAGGAGCAUGGGAUGAGUUUCCAUUUGUUAGUGUCCUCUUUACCUUCUGUUAAGAGUGUCUUGUAGUUUUCAGGGUAUGGUAGGUCUUUCGGUUCCUUGGUUAGGUUUAUUCCUAGGUAUUUUAUUCUUGUUGAUGCAAUUGUGAAUGGAAUUGUUUUCCUGAUUUCUGUUUCUGCUAGUUCAUCAUUAGUGUAUAGGAAAGCAACAGGUGUCUGUGUAUUAAUUUUGUAUCCUGCAACUCCGCUGAAUUCAGAUAUCAGUUCUAGUAGUUUUGGAGUGGAGUCUUUAGGGUUUUUUAAUGCACAAUAUCAUGUCAUCUGCAAAUAGUGAUGGUUUGACUUGUUCUUUACCAAUCUGGAUGCCUUGUAUUUCUUUGUUUUGUGUGAUUGCCAUGGCCAGGACCUCCAGUACUAUGUUGAAUAACAGUGGGGAGAGUGGGCAUCCCUGUCUCAUUCCCGAUGUCAGAGGAAAACCUUUCAGCUUCUCGCUGUUAAGUAUGAUGUCUGUGGGCUUGUCAUAUAUGGCCUUUAUUAUGUUGAGGUACUUGCCCUGUAUACCCAUUUUGUUGAGAGUUUUUAUCAUGUAUGGAUGUUGAAUUUUUUCAACUGUUUUUUCAGCAUCUGUGGACGUGAUCAUGUGGUUUUUUU